AUGCCAGAGAAAAGGAAGGUUGAUCCUUUCCAUUCAUUCAUCGCCGGAGGUACAGCAGGUGCUGUCGAAGGUGUGGUUACGUAUCCUUUUGAGUUUGCCAAAACACGUCUACAACUAGUAGACAAAUCGGCAAAUAUGUCACGCAACCCCUUGAAGUUGAUUGCAACAAUUGCAAGAACUCAAGGUGUAGGUGCACUGUAUACAGGAUGUCCAGCAUUUGUGGUGGGAAACACUGCCAAAGCAAGUGUUCGUUUCCUGGGAUUUGAUGCAAUCAAGAAAAUGUUGGCCGAUAAAGAUGGAAAACUGAGUGGACCCAGAGGAGUGCUGGCAGGAUUAGGAGCGGGGCUGUUGGAAUCCGUGGUCGCAGUCACACCCGCCGAAGCUAUUAAGACUGCUAUGAUUGAUGACAAACAAAGUGCUAAACCCAAGUACCAAGGUGGUAUCAUCUCAGGAACUGUCAAGCUCGUUAAAGACUUGGGUUUCAAAGGGAUUUAUGCAGGUGUCCUUCCAGUAUCUUUGAGACAAGCCGCAAACUCUGCCGUUAGAUUGGGUUCAUACAAUGCCAUCAAGACAUUUCUCCAACAAGCUAGUAGCACAGAUCCGGGCGCUCCACUGAGUUCGUCAUUAACUUUCGCUGUCGGAUCUUUUGCGGGGGUAGUCACGGUGUAUGCUACAAUGCCAAUAGAUACUGUUAAAACCAGAAUGCAAGCUUUGGGAGCAGACAAGAUGUACUCUUCCACAUUAAAUUGCUUUGUAAAAAUUUUUAAGGAAGAAGGCCUUCUUACCUUCUGGAAAGGAGCAACCCCCCGACUAGGUCGUUUGGUGCUUAGUGGAGGUAUUGUGUUCACCAUUUAUGAAAAAGUCCUGCUUCUGCUUAAUUAG